CCGUGACUGUGUUCCCAUCGGCGGAUUCGCUGCCCCGGGAAGCAGGUAAGGUUUAAGUCGUUCCUGCAGUGUGGACGAGCUCCUGAGGCUGCGGUCCGUCCCCGACCCCAACGCCGCCUUCCACCCGGAAGUGCGGGGGCCUGGACUCGGUCUCCAUCUUCAUCUCAGGAUGGCGAGCAGCAGCAGCGACUCCAGGCCCGUGUUAGUUGUCGGAGGGAAGUAUAAGCUGGUACGGAAGAUCGGGUCUGGCUCCUUCGGGGACAUUUAUCUGGCGGUUAACAGCACCAACGGUGAGGAAGUGGCGGUGAAGCUAGAAUCGCGGAAGGCCAGCCAUUCCCAGCUGCUGUACGAGAGCAAGGUCUAUAGGAUCCUUCAGGGUGGGGUCGGCAUCCCCCACAUGCGCUGGUAUGGUCAGGAGAAAGACUACAAUGCCCUGGUCUUGGAUCUUUUGGGGCCCAGCCUCCAGGAUCUCUUCACGUUCUGUUCAAGAAAGUUCACGAUGAAAACCGUGCUUAUGUUGGCUGACCAGAUGAUCAGUAGAAUUGAAUAUAUGCAUACAAAGAAUUUCAUACACAGAGACAUUAAGCCGGAUAAUUUCCUCAUGGGCAUUGGACGUCACUGUAAUAAGCUAUUCCUGAUUGAUUUUGGUUUGUCCAAAAAGUACCGAGACAACAGGACCAGGCAACACAUCCCAUACAGAGAAAAUAAGACCUUCACAGGCACUGCCCGGUACGCCAGCAUCAACGCCCAUCUCGGCAUCGAGCAGAGUCGCCGAGAUGACAUGGAGUCGUUAGGGUAUGUUUUGAUGUAUUUCAAUAGAACCAGCCUGCCAUGGCAGGGGCUAAAGGCCGCAACAAAGAAACAGAAAUACGAAAAGAUCAGCGAAAAGAAGAUGUCCACUCCUGUUGAAAUUUUAUGUAAGGGGUUUCCUUCAGAAUUUUCGAUAUACUUGAACUACUGUCGCGGUCUGCGCUUUGAGGAGGUCCCUGACUACAUGUAUCUGAGGCAGCUAUUCCGCAUCCUUUUCAGGAACCUGAACCACCAUUAUGACUACACGUUUGAUUGGACAGUAUUGAAGCACAAUGUAGCCUAGCAGGUGGCCUCUUCAGUGGGGAGGUUCCAGCAGACCCAAGCACGCCAGUUUCUAAGCAUGAGUUGUGGAACAGAACAAGGGAAACAGAUGAACAGAACAUUUGUU